AUGAUUGAUAUCGCAUCUAGUUCGAAGAAUUGGAAGAAUAUUGAGCUCCAACAUAAUAACUUGAACCAUAAUAGACUUGAAACUGAAUCCAGUUCGCAGAAUGUCACACAUAUAGAACCAGAAAAUAAUAAUAUAGACCACGCUAUAGACAUGCCACAUGAUACUACAAAGGGGAUAACAAAAUCUGGGAAACCAAGGAUCAGGCGUAAAUUUAAGGAAUCGGUAGAAAAAAGAUUAGAAGAGACGAAAAUGCUAAAGUUGGAGAAAAUGGCCGUGAAACCAGGAUGUAACCAAAGUUGUAUUAAAAAAUGUAUGUCAUCUUUUACGGAAUUAGAACGCAAACGUGUAAAUGAAAUAUUUUGGAACUUUAAUUGUGAAGCUCAAGGUUUGUAUGUCAAAUCACUAGUUACUGAAAAAGAUGUUUUUAAGCGUAUUAAGGAUAGCCAGCAGAUACGAAAGCACACUUAUGUCUAUUUUUUGGAAAUCGACAAUAAGAAGAAGGAAGUUUGUAAAACUUUCUUUCUCACAACUCUGGGAUACCAUAAAAAUAACGACAGACGAGUGCUUGAAAUUUUAAAAAAGCUACCAGAAUCUCAAGCUGAUCGACGCGGGAGACAUGAUAAUUUAAAAAAAUUGGACAGAGAAAAGCUCAAAGAGCAUAUCGAGAGUUUUAGACCAGCCAUUGCACACUACAGACGGGCACAUGCUCCAAACAGAAGAUAUCUACCAAGUGAUUUAAAUGUAACUAUGAUGCAUACUGAUUUUAUAGAAAAAAAUCCAAAUUUUAAAGUAUUUUAUGCCCUCUACAGAAAAUUUCUAAAAAAAGAUAUGAAUAUAUCUUUUGCCCAGUUAGGUAACGAAGAGUGUAAGCAAUGUGAAAGUUUUAAACUGCAUCAAAUUUCAUGCAAAGAUACUGAGAAUUGUACUGAUUGUACUAUAUAUCGCAACCAUUGUGAGAAAUACCAAAAAGCACGAAUUUAUUAUCAACAAGACGUAACGCAAUCUUUGAAUGAAUCAGAAUCUUCAAGACUGCCUUCAAAAUGCUAUUACUCGGCUGAUUUGCAAAAGGUAAUUAUGUUACCUAGGCUAGAUAUGUUCAAAGUUGUGAUGUUCUGUCCAAGAAUCAUAGCAUUCAACGAGAGUUUUGUUUCUCUGGGCUCCAAUAAAAAAGAAAAACCAUUCGCAGCAAUGUGGCAUGAAGCAGUAUCUGGCAGAAAACAGGAGGACAUAAUUAGUACAUACGGAGCUUUUUUUGAAAGUAAACGUGAUAUGGACAGA